AUGAGUUCCUAUAAUAGAUGCCUCGGGUGUAAAAAAGAAGCUCUUGAGGAUAGAACCACUUUCAAAUGUGACGGAUGUAAAAGACUCAUUCAUAUCACUUGUGCAGGAGUUACAGCAACAGAGGUGAAAUGUCUACAACUAUCGUCGAGGAAAAUGAAAUAUUUUUGUGAUGAUUGUGAAGAAGGCUUAUUACAAGUACCAAUUUUGAGAAAACUUCUAGAAGAGUCACAAAUUGAGGUCGAGAAACUGAAGAAAACUAAUAUGGUUGGACUGCAAGAUAAACAACAGGAGGUUGAUAAACUCAGAAAAGAAGUCAAAGAAUUGAGGGAGCAUGGAGAUUUUGGAAAUGUGGAGAGUAUGUUCGAAGAAAUCAACGAACUAUUGAAUAGAGCAAAUGAUUUGAUGAUCUACAACGUUCCAGAAUCUAGAUCAAGGGAUCUUAAAUCAAGAAUAGAUGAUGAUAAAGAGAAAGUUAGAGAAACAAUGCAAAUUCUUGAUAUACGUGAUGCGGAAAGCAAUAUUCUGAAAGUUCUUCGUGUUGGUCGUUCUGAUGGUUCUAGAGCUAAACCACUGAAAGUUGUGUUUUCUAAUAGUUAUCUCGUCAGAGAAAUGUUGAAAUCGAAACAGAAACUGCAGCAAUCAAAUUUUAGGAUAAGUGCAGCUCAAACGAAAUUACAACAGGAAAUAUUCAAAAAAAAUAAUAUUUUGAGUAACUGCGGAAAACUGAGGGGAUCCAAUAUUGCUAUAUCAAACGAUCUCACUCCCAAUGAAAGAGAAGAACAAAGGAUACUGAGGAAAUAUCUCAAUCAAGAGAAGAAAAGCGGAAAAUUCACGAGCUGCUACAUAAGAAAAAAUAAACUUCAUCUGGACGACAACGUGUAUACCAUAGAAGAACUGAAAGAAAUAGAGGAAGAAGAAGAAGCAAGAAGAGUUUUAAGCGAACCAUCUACGCCUACUCAACGUUUAAUAACCAAGGUACGGUCUGAACCGGAAGAGAAAGUGGAAAGAGCCGGUUAG